GUGACGUUUCUUUAAGUUAUCAGUGAUUUGUAUUACUUUGUUCCAAAGAAAUAAGUAGAUUUAACACAGGAAGUGUUAAUCAAUUUUGUUAUUAAUUAAUAUAGAGGUUAUAUAGAACAUAAUGCUCAUGAAGAGUAAUAAACAAAGUCCAAAAGGUUUCAAAACACUAUGGAUUCGAUUUGAUAAAGAAAACACAGACAAACAUCAGUUAUUUUUUAAAGAACAUUCCAUAAGAAAUCAGGAACCUCAACAUCCAAGGGGACGAACAUUGUUUGUGCUAAAUGUACCUCCUUAUGUCACAACAGAGGUUUUACAGACAGGUUUUAGCAAACUCUGUGGGAAUAUUACUAAUGUCUUUUUUGUUACUCCAAAAGGAUUUAAAACAGCAUAUCUAGUGUUUGAAAAAGAGUCAGCAUUGGAAAGAGCAUUAGAACUCCCUGAGAAUAGUAUUAUAACAUUAAAUCAUAAGAACAGUGUAUGCUUAACAGGCUUGGCAAAAUGGUACAAAGAAUAUAAUAAUUCAAUACUUGAUGAAGAAGAUAUGAAAAAGGAAAUUGAAGAUUACAUGAACAACUAUGACAAAAUGUUAGCUGACAAAAUAGCUAACGAAAAAGCUAUGGCAGAAGACAACGAAGACAAUGAUGGGUGGGUGACUGUAACUGGACAAAAAAAGAGAGGACAAUUUGCUGUCUCUAGAAAGGAAUCAACUAUUAAUAAAGUGCAAAACAAAGAAGAACACAAGAAUAAGAAGAAACAGUUGCUUAAUUUCUAUACUUUCCAAAUUCGUGAGAGUAAAAAACAGAAUCUGGCAGAGUUAAGAAAGAAAUUUGAGUUAGACAAGAAAAGAUUACAAGAUUUAAAAUCAAAGAGAACAUUUAAACCAUUUUAA